AUGAGCCACAGAAUGGACUAUCAUUUGGGUUCUCCGCAUAGGGGAGCUCAAGCUGAGUAUUGCUGCUAUCAACUCGAACUGACCGGAUCCCCCUCUGCAUCCAGGGCCGUUGGCUUUGAGUCGACUACCGCAUACACGAACAGAGGAUAUGUGACGACGCUGAAGAGCGAAUUGGGAUCCGUUCCGAGAUCAUCGGAGAGCCUUUUCGAUUUAUCAAACCCAUUUACCGAGGUUUUGACAAAAAUUAAUGAGAAAGAACAGCUCCAUGGGCUGAACGACCGUUUCGCCGGAUUCAUAGAGAAGGUGCGUCAUUUGGAGCAUCAAAAUGAAUUGUUUGAGAGGGAAAUCGAGGAAAUCAAACUAAAGGCACAGUCCCCUGCGUCUCUGGCCCAGGAGCACGAGCCAGAGCUUAUGGACCUGAGGAACCUAGUUCAUGACAUCACCCUUCAGAAGCGUCAGAUCGAGAUAGAGCAUCAGAACCUGGAGGAAGAUUUCCUCACCUUGAGAGACAAGUAUGAGCAGGAGGCACGUGACCGCUCGAACGCAGAGAACGGCAUCCUUGUGCUGAAAAAGGACGCCAACGAUACAUACCUCGCCAAACUUCAGUUGGACAAGAAAGCGCAGUCUCUGGUGGACGAGAUCCACUUCCUGAAGAAGAAUCAUGAGGAUGAGGUAUCAGAAAUGGUGGCCCAGAUCCAAGAGGCUCAAGUAACGGUCAAGGCACACGACUUUGGCAAACCUGACAUCACAGAGGCUCUCCGGGACAUCCGUGUGCAGUUAGAAGAUCACGCCACCUCCGACAUUCAGCAGGCCGAGGAGGGCUUCCAUGUCCAGUUCACAAAGUUAACCAAAGCGGCAGAAAGUAACAGAGAGGCGUUGAAGGCAACCCAACAGGAGAUCCAGGAGAAUAGAAGGCACCUGCAGGGGAAAACAUUUGAACUGGACUGUGGGAAAGGAAUGAGAGAGGCCCUGGAAAAACAACUACAAGAGCUGGAGGAGCGUCACUAUGCAGAAUUGAUUCAUUACCAGGACACUAUCAGGCAGCUGGAGAAUGAGCUGACCAAUGCUAAACUAGACAUGUCUGGCUACCUGAGAGAGAACCAGGACCUGCUGAAUGUCAAAAUGGCUUUGGAUGUGGAGAUUCUCUCUUACAGGAAACUCCUGGAGGGUGAGGAGUCCCAUCUGUACACCAUCUCUGACACCCACAUCUCCAUGCCCUGCAUCUACCGCCAGUCCCCCGUCUACACCCUGCCUUGCUUGGCCCGGCAGGGAGGGCCCACACGCAGGUCUGAACCCCAGUACAAGUUUGUUGAGGAGAUCAUCUCUGAGACCACCAGAGACAUGGAGAUGUCCGAGAUCGAGGAGACAGGCUCCGAGGAGACGGUCGGGGGAGAGGGAGACGAGUUGAGACAGAAGCAGGGAGAAGAGAGUGACAAAGCUGAGAGGAGGAGUGGGGAACAGGUGGAUGAGCAGAAAGAGAAAGCUAAAGGUAAAGUGGAUGUUGAAGUGGACGCCCCGGAGGAAGAGGGUGAACAGGAGGAAGAGUCUAAGAGACAGCAGAUGGUAACAUCAGCAGAGGUCGAGGUAAAUGGAGAUGGAGUUAGCCCUAGUGAGGGAGAAAAUGGAGAGGAGGGAGAUGAUGAAAGAGAGGAGAAAAAGGGGGGUGAGCCAGAUGCAAUCAAAAAGACAGAGGACAUUGACAGAGGUGAACAUACACAAAGUGAAGUCAAAUCAGCUGAGGCAACCAGUGAGGGAGAGAAGGAAAAACUGGACACAACAGAGAAGCUAGACAGCGAGAUAAAUGAGACAUUAGAAAAAGAUGACACCCCAAAUCAUGGCAAAUCCCAACCAGGGAUUCCCAAGAAUGGUGACAUCUCAACAGAACCCAAAACGUCAGAGUCAGAGGAUAGCAAAACAGGAAGUUCAAUAAAGGGUGAACCACAGGUCCCCACAGAGGACAUCUCCAAAGAACCCAAAAAGGUGUCAGAGGAGAGAAUAAAAGAAAGCCCUUUAAAAGAGAAAAAAGAGGUAGAUCUGAAAGAGGAGAGUGCCCCAACAGAGCAACAACAAGACAGCCCAAAAGAAAGUCCCAUCAAAGAGAGAAAAGGGGUAAAUAUGACAGAGCAGAGUGCCCCAACACUGGAGCAGAAACCUGAUCAGAAGGAGCACAGAGAGUCAGACAAACCUCAAGAGGUAGAGAGUGCUGUGACAACACAAGAAGAGGAUCUCCCUGAGCCCACAGAGAAGGACAUGGAAUCCCCUGAUAACACUGCAGAGCUCAACAGCAGUUCAACCAAGGAGACAGUGGAGCAGGUGAAGUCACCUGAUGAUUCUGGUGUAAAAAUUACGCAAGAUGAGAGAACAGUAGGAGGUAAAAUGCCAGACAGAAUUCUCAGCACAACAAGUGAGUGUAAGGAAGAGCCUGUGCAAAAGACUCCUAAACAGGAGGUGGGUCCGACAGAGCAAAAAGUGAGCAGCAAGGAUGAUAGUGUAAAAAGUAUUGUGCAGAAUGAACAUAAUGGCAGUGAAAAGGUCACAAAAUAUGUCUCAAUGGGUGAGGAAAAGGGGAAAGAAUCUGAGACAUCCCCUAAACCCGACGCCACUGUCACUCCUAAAGAAGAAACAACCCUGCAACCAGAGCCAACUGUCACCCCUAAAGAGGAGACAUCCCCUAAACCGGAACCCACUGUCACCCCUAAAGACGAAACAUCCCUAAAACCGGACCAAACUGUCACCCCUAAAGAGGAGUCAUCCCCACAACAGGAGCCAACCGUAACCCCUAAAGAGGAGACAUCCCCUAAAUCGGACCCCACUGUCACCCCUAAAGGAGAAACAUCCCCUAAACCGGACGCCACUGUCGCCCCUAAAGAAGAAACAGCCCCGCAACCAGAGCCAACUGUCACCCUUAAAGAGGAGAUAUCCCCUAAACCGUACCCCACUGUCACUCCUAAAGAAGAAACAACCCUGCAACCAGAGCCAACUGUCAACCCUAAAGAAGAAACAACCCUGCAACCAGAGCAAACUGUCACCCCUAAAGAAGAAACUUCCAUUAAACCAGAACCAGCGGUCACCACUGAAGACGAAACAACCCUGCAACCAGAGCCAACUGUCACCCCUAAAGAAGAAACAACCCUGCAACCAGAGCAAACUGUCACCGCAAAAGAAGAAACUUCUCCAAAACCAGAACCAGCAGUCACCCCUAAAGAAGAAACGUCCCCAAAACCCAAACCAGCAGUCACCCCUAAAGAAGAAACGUCCCCAAAACCAGAACUAGCAGUCACCACUAAAAAAGAAACUUCCCCAAAACACGAACCAGCAGUCACCCCUAAAGAAGAAACAUCCCCUAAACCAGAACCAGUAGUCAUCCCAAAAGUAGAAACUUCCCCAAAACCAGAACUAGCAGUCACCCCUAAAGUAGAAACUUCCCCCAAACCAGACUCAACCAUCACCCCUAAAGAAGAAACUUCCCCAAAACCAGAACUAGCAGUCACCCCUAAAGUAGAAUCUUCCCCUAAACCGGACCCCAUUGUCACCACUAAAGAGGAGACAUCCCCAAAACGGGAGCCAAUCGUCACCGCUAAAGAGGAGACCUCCCCUAAACCGUACCCCACUGUCACUCCUAAAGAAGAAACAACCCCGCAUCCAGAGCCAACUGUCACCCCUAAAGAAGAAACAACCCUGCAACCAGAGCAAACUGUCACCGCAAAAGAAGAAACUUCUCCAAAACCAGAACUAGAAGUCACCACUAAAAAAGAAACUUCCCCAAAACCAGAACCAGCAGUCACCCCUAAAGAAGAAACGUCCCCAAAACCCAAACCAGCAGUCACCCCUAAAGAAGAAACGUCCCCAAAACCAGAACUAGCAGUCACCACUAAAAAUGAAACUUCCCCAAAACACGAACCAGCAGUCACCCCUAAAGAAGAAACGUCCCCUAAACCAGAACCAGUAGUCAUCCCAAAAGUAGAAACUUCCCCAAAACCAGAACUAGCAGUCACCCCUAAAGUAGAAUCUUCCCCUAAACCGGACCCCAUUGUCACCACUAAAGAGGAGACCUCCCCUAAACCGUACCCCACUGUCACUCCUAAAGAAGAAACAACCCCGCAUCCAGAGCCAACUGUCACCGCUAAAGAGGAGACAUCACGACAACAGGAGCCAAUCGUCACCUCUAAAGAGGAGACAUCCUCUAAACUGUACCCCACUGUCACACCUAAAGAGGAAACAUCCCCAAAACCAUUCCCAACUGUCGCCCCUAAAGAGGAGACAUCCCCUAAACAAGAACUAGAAGUCACCACUAAAUUAGAAACUUCCCCAAAACCAGAUCUAGCAGUCACCCCUAAAGAACAAACUUCCCCAAAACCAGACUCAACCAUCACCAAGAAAGAAGAAACUUCCCCAAAACCAGAACCAAGAAUCACCCCUAAAGAAGAAACUUCCCCAAAACCAGAACUAGCAAUCACCCCUAAAGAAGAAUCUACGCCAAAACCAGAACCAGCAGUCCUCCCUAAAAAUGAAACAUUCCCAUACCCGGACCCCACUGUCACUCCUAAAGAAGAAACAACCCCCCAACCAGAGCCAACUGUCACCCCUAAAGAGGAGACAUCCCCUAAACCGUACCCCACUGUCAACCCUAAAGAAGAAACUUCCAUUAAACCAGAACCAGCAGUCACCCAUAAAGAAGAAACUUCCCCAAAACCAGAUUCAACCAUCACCCCUAAAGAAAAAACAUCCCCAAAACCAGAUCUAGCAGUCACCCCUAAAGUAGAAACUUCCCCAAAACCAGAACCAGCAGUCACUGCUAAUGUAGAAAUCUCCCAAAAACCAGACAUCACUGUUACUCCGAAAGAAGAAACAACCCCGCAACCAGAGCCAACUGUCACUCCUAAAGAGGAGACAUCCCCUAAACCGUACCCUACUGUCAACCCUAAAGAGGAGACAUCCCAGCAACAGGAGGCAACAGUCACCCCUAAAGAAGAAACAUCUCCUAAACUGUUCACCACGGUUGCCCCUAAAGAGGAGAAAUCCCCUAAACCAGAAUUAGCAGUCACCACUAAAGUAGAAACUUCCCCAAAACCAGAACUAGCAGUCACGAACAGAGAAGAAACUUCCCCAAAGCCAGAACCAGCAGUCACCGCUAAAUUAGAAACUUCCCCAAAACCAUAUCUAGCAGUCACCCCUAAAGUAGAAGCUUCCCCAAAACGAGACCCAACCAUCACCCCUAAAGAGGAAAUAUCCCCUAAACCAGACUCACCCCUCACCGUAGAAUCAACGACCAACCCUAAACCAGACUCAACCCUCACCCCAGAAACAACGACCACCCCUAAACCAGACUCAACCCUCACCCCAGAAACAACGACCACCCCUAAACCAUACUCAACCCUCACCCCAGAAUCAACGACCACCCCUAAACCAGACUCAACCCUCACCCCAGAAUCAACAACCACCCCUAAACCAGACUCAACCCUCACCCCAGAAACAACGACCACCCCUACAGAAGAGAGUGAAAUGAUAGGCAGUGGUGACAAAGCUAAGACAAUCACACCACCAGAGAAACAGAUGCCUGCAGUUGCAGAGAGCAAGGACUCACACAGGGAGGCGCAAGAAAGCAACACAACCCUGGAGAAACCAGAGGAAAGUAUGGAUAAAGAGCCUGAGAGGGUUACAGAACCCAAAGAUGGAACCCCAAAGACAGAGAGCGUGAAGACCAAGGCCUCUGAGUUAAAACCUGAACAUGUUGAGAUAUCUAUUACAAAGACAUCACCAGUAAAAGAACAGGAUGUAUCAGCCGUGGGUUUGAAAGAUCAGACAGUUGAUGAGAAGAUAACAGAAUAG